AUGCGUCAUUUAUAUUAUCAACAAAUUCUCUUUAUUUUUAUUACGAUUAUUACAAAUUCUAAUGCAUUUUGGUGGUCUCUUGGUUUACCAUCAUUUCAAAAACGAUCAUCAUCAUUGCAAAAUUCAAAUCAAUCAUUUGAACAAGAAAAAUUUUGUUUAUCAUUAACAUUUUUAACUCUUGAACAACGUUCAUAUUGUCGAACAAAUCCAAAAAUAUUUUCUAUUAUUAAUCAUUCAUUACGUAUGGCUAUUGAUGAAUGUCAAUAUCAAUUUCGUAAUCAACGAUGGAAUUGUUCAUUAUUUAAUCAACCAGAAAUAUUCCGAAAACUUAUUCAACGAAAAACACCUGAAACUGCUUUUAUCUAUGCACUUACAUCAGCUGCAGUCAUGCAUAGUAUAGCAAAAGCUUGUUCAAAAGGUGAGUUAAUUGAAUGUGGAUGUGAUAAAAGUCAACCAGAAUUACCAACGGCUAUAAUGUUUAAACAUCAUUCAAAUACAAUAACAUCAUCAUUAAAUGAUGGAUUUGAAUGGGGAGGUUGUUCAGAUGAUUUAAAAUUUGGUCGAAAUAUUAGUAUAUCAUUUAUUGAUAAACAAGAAACAUUUAUUACUCGACGUCAAAUUGUACGUAUGGUUAAUUUACAUAAUAAUGAAGCUGGAAGAAAAAUUGUUGAACGAAAUGUACAAUUAACAUGUAAAUGUCAUGGUGUUAGUGGUUCAUGUACAUUACGUGUUUGUUGGCGUACAUUACCAGAUUUUCGUCUUAUUGGAUCAGAACUACGUACAAAAUAUUCAAGUGCAACACAAGUACGAUUAAAUCGUCAUUUAAAUAUUCUCAAACCACGUAAAAAUACACAAAAAAUAUUUAAUACAACUGAUCUUAUACAUAUACAAAUGUCACCAUCAUUUUGUGAAAAAAAUCUUCAACUUGGUUCAUUGGGUACACAAGGACGUCAAUGCAAUUUAACUAUGAAUGAACCUGGUUCAUGUUCAGUAUUAUGUUGUGAUCGUGGUUAUGAAACAAUCGUUGAUACAAUAGAAGAAGAAUGUGAUUGUCAAUUUCAUUGGUGUUGUGAAGUACGUUGUCAACGUUGUAAAAAAAAAAUUGAAAAACAUUUUUGUAAAUAA